AUGGAGUUUACUUUAAAGGAAUCCAUACAGCGGGACUGCGGGUUUGGCAAGCCGUCUAAUCCGAUUCGCUAUUUCUGUUCCGUUAUCCUUCAGGUCGUCGGUGGACCCUGCGGCUACCAUGGCUCGUACACCUUCUACAAGGGUCUCAAAGUGUCGUUCGGGUCGCACGGAGCGGAACCCGGAGCGGCGGCCUGCGAGAGCAACACUACUACCUCCAGCAAUGGCACUGCUUCUUCCGUCGACAUUCCUAGUAGUAGUGGUGGUGGUGAUGGCGCAGAACCGGAAAAGCCUUCCGAACGGACACAACACCAGCAGGAGGAGAAGGGGUCGCCACAGCAAACCGAAGGUGCUGCGCCGGGCGAGUGUAGUAACCAAACCAAUAACACCCAAACCGCCACUACUAUCAACAGCGGCAGCAGCGGUGGUGUAAGUGACAAUGGCAGCAGUAGUGCGUUUGUGAACGGGAGUGGCAAUAGUAGCAGUAAUAGUAGUAAUAGCAGUAAUAGCAAUAGUAUUAGUAGCAGCAGCAGCAGCGGCAAAAGUCAAAAUGGCAAUCAAACGCCAAAAGUGAAACAGAUGCAACGAAAAUGUGUUACCGAAGCGUCCGGUGGCGGUGGCGGUGGCGGCGGCAGUGGGGGCACCGGGGGUAGUGGUGGUGGUGCUGCUGGCAACGGCACCCGCGGAGGCAGCAUUAACAAUAACCUGUGCGGCGGCAUGCUGGCCCCGGCAUCGGUCGAUCGAGAGCAAAACCUACGACCGCUGGUGCUGGCGCUCGGCGACUGCAUUCCGGUCCGCCCGUGGUCCGACUCACCGAUAGCGUGCCUGGCCGAGCUGCGGAUGGUGUGGCGGGACCGGAACGAGCAGUGCCUGCUGAUAGCCCUGCGGCUCUACUUCCUGCCGGAAAACACACCACUCGGCCGCAACUGUCACGGCGAGGACGAGGUGCUGGCGAUCUCGGACAAGGUGAUACUGCGCGCCGAAGACCUGCUGAACUGGAUCGUCACCGAGCAGGAGUGGAGCUGGGGCCUGCAGACGCUGUUCAACGAGGGAAGCGCCAAGGACUGUCUCGCGACGACGCGCCAUCUCUGCAAAAACUCGUCCCUCGACUUCGGUGACAUCGACCGGGAGAAGCACUCAGGUGAAAACUUCUCCUCGAAGGUGGCGGUACUGAGCUUCUCGCGGUACUGCCGCUACCGGGCGAUCCUCAAGCGGCUCGAGGGCGUCCAGGAUGGCUGGCUGCGGAACGCGCUGGUCGAAACGCUCGGUGGCUUCGUGGCCCCGUCGCCCAACAUGCGCAUCAUGUUCUGCAAGGAAACGUUUGACUAUCCGGAACUGGAAACGCACGAGCUGCUCUGCAACCACCUGGCCCCGAAGCUGAAGGGGCGACCGCGUGGCAAACGGAAGAAGACGCUCUCCGACUCGUCGCAGUACACCAAGAAGGAGGGCGCCGGAUCGGACGAGACCGAGUCGAACGAAUCGGACGUCUCGGACUACUCCUACAGCAAGAUAUCGCCCGGCAAGAAGGUGAUCGAUCUGCAGCCGACACCUCGCUACAACCCGCGGCCAUCGCGAGGCUCGUCGCAGACGAAACAGGAACCGCUCAGUGUCGUCAUUUCGGCCUCGGCCGGCACCGUCAAGUCGAGUGCGGCCCAUCACAACCACCACCAGCAGCCGACCGGCGGCGGCGGCGGCCCCCCCGCCAACCACCUUUCGCAGCGCAAUCGAUCCAAAUCGUCCUCGAAAUCGAUCGUCCCGAAGCCGGCGCCACCGAAGGCGAAAACGAAAGCCAUCGCUGGCGGAAAGUCCGGCAAGAAGGGGGUGACGAAGAAUGGUGGUGGCGGCGGCGGCAGAAAGGCGGUGGUCGAGGAGGACUCGGAUGAGGACGAGCCGGAUGACGCGGAUGGCGAAGGAGAGGAUGAACCUUCGCCGCCGCCACCAGCGCCGCCCCGACGCGGCCCCUCGAAGGAUCGCGAUCGGUUGCUGUUGCUGCGGCGCGGUGCCGGCGCUGACGAGGACGCGGCCGGGGACGACGACGAAGGGGAGGAGGAAGACGAGGAUCACGACUACGAGGACGAUGACGAUGACGAGGAGGAGGAGGACGAUAAUCUGUUCCGGGUGAACGAUCGGAUGGGUACCACCGAGCGGGAGUUCCUGCAGCGGUUGCAGGAGUUCCUUGACCCGCGGGCCCUCCAGUACGCGGACAGUCAGGCUUCGUCGCUGAAAAAUGUGAGCCUGUACGCGGUGUACGCGAAGGUGCAGAAGAUCGGUGGCUACGGUGCGGUCACCGAUAAGGACGUGUGGAACCAGCUGCUGCAGGGGACGGGCGGCGAGAACGGGGUGCUGAGCCGGCGGAAGUACGAGAAGAUUGUGCUGCCGUUCGAGAAGCACCUCCACGAGCUGCUGGCGGCGGGCGACGAGGACAACGGCGUUGCCGAUGGUGAUCGGAGCGCGGUGAAGCGGGAAUCGGUGCUGUUGCUGCUCGGGGACGACGGUGAGCUGGAGAGCAAGAUCCGGAUGUUGCGCGACGUCAAGGUGGAAAAGCGCGAUCCGGACGAGCAGCGGCAUCAGGCGGCGCCGCGCGUCGUGCACUCUUCCGGGCUCGAUUUCUCCGUCAAGCGCGAGCUGGUGGAGAAGGACGAAGGACCGGUCGGGAAGGGCAGCCCGCCGAACGUGCACCUCGGCAUGUCGCCCGUGUCCGUGCCGCUGACCGUGAUCGUGCGGCCGAACCUGGACGAGAAGGACCAGCAGUCGUCGCAGAUUCAGAUCAACCAGCCGCACACGACGAUCACCGUGCACCAGACGACGAUCCACCCGGCGCACAACAACCAUCACCACCACCACCACCACCAUCACGGCCACCACCAUCAUCCGCUGCUGCACCACUCGGGGGCGCAGGGCGUGAACCAUCAGCCGGGCGGCCAGCUGAGUGGCCAGAGCCCGCCGCAGCACAUCACCAACCAGAUCCAGAUCACGAACCAGAUCCAGAUCCAGCAGAUUACGGUGCAGUCGAGCGAGAAGGCCAACGGGACGACGGCGGGCGGUGGGGGGGCAAAUGGUGGUGGCGCUCCCGGCACCGGAUCCGGUUCCGACGGCGGGGCACCCCAGUUUAAGUACAGUUUCAAGCAGGACAAAUCGGGCCAGGAGCUGAACAUCGAGCCGGCGGCGAUGGCAGCCAAAUCGGCCACGGCCACCACACCGCUCGGGUCGCCCUCGGAGGCCCACUCGUCGUCGUCGGCCUCGCUCAGCCUGUUCCCGCAGCUCGGCAAUCGCCCCGGCACCGAUCCGGAUCUUACCAUCAAGGAGGUGUCGGUAUGUCCGACCAGCGGCACACUGUCGAUCACCUCCAGCGCCUGUAUUCCGACGUCGGCCGCCAACAGCAGCAGUCUGCAGCCGUCGAGGACGAGCUCGCUGCGGCACGUGCGGAUGAAGAACGAUCGCAAAACGGGUGCCGGAUCCGCGAAUGCCGGUGAUCACCACCACCACCGGGGCGGUGGGUUGCUGAUGGACGGAAGCUUCCUGAAUGCGGGUCCGGGCCAGAAGGGGGGCGCACCGUACGAGAAGGAAAACAUUCCGCUGCUCGGUGCCGGAUCGGCCAGUCUGUUCGGUGGCCAAAGCCUGACGACGAUCACACCGAUUCCGGCGAAUCUGAUGAUGACCGGCGGUGGUGGCUAUCUCCCCGGGGGAGCAGCCGCCAUUGGAGGUGGACGGUCCGGAUUCGAGGACCACAUGAAACAGCAGCACGGGGCGGCAUCUUCGAUGAUGCACCCGUCGAUGAUCGGGCCGGCCACGGAGGUGAUCGACCUCGUGGACAGUGACAACGAGAGCGACCAGUCGCCGACCCAGGCCAGCAGGAAGCAGGUGGGCCAGGCGAUGCGCCCGAUCCCUUCGCUGCUGCCACCGAUGAAGAAGCGCAAGCUGGACAUUCUGCGCGAGGGAGGCCUCGAGGUGACGCCGAUCUCGAACGGGGCCAGCAUCUUCUCGGCCAUCAGCAAAAACGCGCAGCAGCAAGCGGCGCGCGUGGCACCGAACCCGAUGCGGAUCAACAUUACGGCCGAACUGAACACCGCCGCUCCGGGCCCGGAGCGGCGGCCACCGGAAGGCCGCCGUGAGGCGGCCCGCAAGUGCAUUCCCACGCCCCUCGAGUUCCAGACGCACUGCAUGUACACGCGGACGGGCAAGAUCUUUGGCGACCCGAAAGAGGUGAUGCCCGUGCGGGCACCGGCCCCGAUUCCGGAGCUGCUCGAUCUGACUGGCCUGAAGGGAGCGGUGGGGGGCAUCGCGCCGGUCGCUUCGAACCUCUCGGCGAAAGGGCCUCCCGGUGGCCUGGACUUCUCCGGCGGUCAGUCCACUUCCCGGCACAAUCGUACGGUGGGAGCGACAGCAUCGCCGGCAACCUCGCGGACCGCUUCCAGUCUGCAGAUCACCCUGGUGUCGUCCGGGCCACCGAACGGAGCUGCUGGCCCGAGUGCCGUCGGGCUUCCGAUGCCCUCCGUGCCUCCGCUGAUGACACCCCUUAACAUUCCCGUGCCGGUGCCAAGCAGCCAUCAGCAGCAGCAGUUCGCGGCGACCCAAUCCGCACCCUUCGGCCAUAAGAAACAGAAACCGUACGAAAUUGUGCCAUUGCGAGAGGGAGGCCUGCCGGUCGGUGAGCCAUCGAACCCGCCGAAGGUUACGAUCGGCCCGUCGUCCUCGUCGUCCUCGUCGUCGUCGUCGACGACGACCAAUGGAACCACCAGCAGCAGCACCCUGCCGCCCGGCGCGCCCUCGGCGAAUUCGCUCCUCGAAACGGGGCUCAUGCUGGCGAACCUACAGAAAGCCAACCCCGUGCUGGUGGCCAGCAUCCUGUCCUCGUCGGGCCUCUCGAAAUCGUCCAUUCCGGGCCUCACGCAACUGCUCGGCACGCUGGCCGAUCAGCCGCCACUGGCCGCGCCGAAGAAAUCGCAACGACGGCGCUCCAACUCGCAGGCGGCGGCGGCAGCUGCGGCCGCAGCGUCGGCCCUCAACGUUCCUCCUCCUCCGGCGGCGGUGGCCGGUGGCCAGAUGGCGCCAUUCUCCAUGCCAGCGCCACCGACGGGCCCGAUGCUGGGGCCUCCUCCGCCCGGAUCGAUCGGCUCUCCUCAGCUGCACCAUCCGCCGCAGGCCGAUUCGCCGACGUCCACCAACUAUCCGCUCAGUCAGCAGAUUAAGCUCCUGCAGCAGGUGCAGCUGCAACAGCAGCAGAAACAGAAGGAACUGUUGCAGCAGCAGCAGCAUCAUCAUUCUGGUCAUGUUUCACCCGUGUCACCUUCGCUGCCGACCAGCGGUGCCGGGGCCGGGUCACCGCUCCCCGGCACCCCACCGCUGUCGCAUCCCUCGCCACCGACGCUGUCACUGGCCCCGGUGCAGGUACCGCGACUUCCACCCGGCGUCGUGCCACCCGGCGUCGUUGGCCCAUCGGCGGCGGCUGCAGCCGCAGCCGUGCUCGCUGGGCUGCCACCGGGAGCGGCCGCGGUGGCCGCAGCCGGCGGCUUCCCGCCACCGUUCGAUCCCCUGUACCUGCAGCUGUACGCCAACUCGGGCCUCUACCUGCAGAGCCUGCCGCCCGAGCAGCUGCUGCAGCUGUACAAGAACCUUCCCCAAGGCAUUCCAAUCACCAAGAGCUAGUCGUCCGGCCGGCGACCAUCGGACAACGGCGACGACGGAAGCGCGAUCGUCACUGGCUAACGGGAAUCGUCCCCGUCCGAACUGCAAGUUGUUACUCUCAGCCAUCCGACCGCUGCGUGGCUAGGGCUUCCUCCGCGGCGAGGCUGGCACUCUCUCUAGGUUUAAGGGCUGUGGACCACCGGUGGUGUCAGGCGAAGGCCGUUUCUCCGGGCUUUCGCCACCUUUCUUCUCUGCCUUUCCUUUUUUCGCGUUUACUUACGUUUUUCCCUCCUUUAUGUCGUUACGUUUCGCAAGCUUCUAUUAUUUGUUCUUUAAGCGAUGGGACAGCAUGCUGCAAGGGCACGAGGCACGAUCGGUAGACAAUUGGACGCUAACGGUGAGCGGCCAAUUGCUGUGUAUACAAUGUAACAAACAAGAGACGAUCGGGGGGCAGCGGGGCGACAGUAGCAAUAGUAAACUAAUACCGAGGAUUAACGGUCGCUAGUGUGUAAGGAUAACCUACGGAGAUAAUGUACGGAGGAGCAUUUCAACGAGAGGAUCUCGUGAACAGGAAUUAGCCAAGCGAUUGAGGAGCGCGCGAACCUUCCAUACUAACUGAUAUCGGAGUCAAGUCGAGCGAACCAUGGAUCAGUGCAUUACGGAGAUCCCGGCACCCGUUUGGAGCACUGAGUCACAACAUUCGGCUGCUAAUAAUAUUGGCCCCAACCAACCGCAAGUGUGAGUCUGGCGCGUGCGUGCGCGCGCGCUGUUCAGCAGAUCAGUAUACACCGGGGAGGAUCGUUCGCGAUCCUCUGCAGCA